CGUCAAUUCACCUCUCUCUCUCUUUCUCCCACCCUGGAGAAAUGCGGCGUUUUCGAGCUGUUGUAUGCCUAACUUUGAUUUUAAUGUUGUUAUCGUGCCUUAUUAUACUAUACCAUUGGCAAUCAUUUAAUAACAUGGGUUCUCCUUCAGAAAUUGAUUUAAAACUUGCCCGGUUCAUUACUAACGAAUUAUCUCGGCUUUUAAGUCCAGAUAUACCAGCUGUUGAAGAUGUCGGUGAGAUGGUAAUGAACACUUGGUUUAAGCAAGAAAAGGAAUUCUGUAGAAAAGUUUUUGACGGCACUCAUCGUCUGUUCCAGAAUGAAGCGUGUCGAAAAGGCUGUUUAACCCCAAAUAAACCAGAAAGCCGGCGAAAUGUGAUCAUUAUACCGUAUCGAAAUCGUUCGGAACAUUUAAUGGAAUUAAUCCCACGCUUAGGUGAACUGCUUACAAAACAGAACAUUUGUUACCUGAUAGUUGUUGCUGAACAGGCUGAUCAACAACCGUUUAACAAAGGCAUUAUAAUGAACGCUGGAUUUGUUGAAGCGCUGAACUGGAUACCAUUCCACUGUGCAAUAUUUCAUGAUGUCGACCUCCUACCAUUGAACAAUGAAGUUCCGUAUACCUGUUCAAUUUAUCCUAGACAUAUAAGUCUGUGUGUGGAUAAAUUUCAAAACAGAUUACCUUAUAUUGAAUUAAUCGGUGGUGUCUUAUCAAUCCCAUUGAAGAUAUUUCUUCGAGUCAAUGGAUAUUCCAACCUUUUCUGGGGUUGGGGUGCUGAAGAUGAUGACAUGUAUGAAAGGCUUAUGCUAAAUGGAGUUCCUGUCACGCGUCCUGAUCCAGAUGUCGCUCAGUUCACUAUGCUCAAACACAAUCCAAGUCCAGCAUUUCAUGUGGCUCUAAGAACACAAAUUUUAUCAUUCACAAAAGUUCGUUAUCGUCUUGACGGAAUUAACAGUUUGAAUUAUACACUUGUUGACUCGACUAUCAAAAUGUUUACUACAAGUACAAGUAAACGUACAACAAAUGAAAGCGAGAACAAGUCAGUUGACAGGCGUAUGCAUCAAGUUUUGCACCUGAAAAUUAAUGUUGGUGAACCACCGAUUCAUUUUGUUAAAACUAAGCCAACAUGAUGACGUAGUUUUUACAAAGACGAAUAUAUAU